CCAAUAAAAAUGCAACCUUGUUACGAGGCAAUUCCGUGUACAGGAGUAUUCUCUAGCUUACACGGUAACCAAAAUCUUAAGUAUGGUCCCAUGACUUGAACCCGAUGCCUUAGGCAGUAGCAUAAAGAAUUUGAUAACAGAAAAGGCAUCUUUGUCAGAAAAAAAUGAUAUAAAUCGAUUGUAUAACUAAGUAAAACUGCACCGAUACUGGUGCCAAGCUAUUAAAUGGCAUUUUUCUCUUGAACAAAGCUCCAACAUCUAUUCCUCUGCCUCCCUCUCCUCUGAUAUCAUGGGCAUUCGUUUUGCUGCUGUUUCAAAGGUUUCUUGGCUCAUAAGCAUCAUCAAAUCCCUUGUAGACGUGCUGCAUCAUCUCAAGUCCAUGGCCAUGGAAGCCGUCUCGGUCCUUCCUUACAUCAGCUUCCUACGUGAGCGGCCCGACCCCGAGCAAGAACAACCCGAACUCAGCCAUGAUAUCAUCGUGAUGGAUGGCUUAUUCCCAUCCCUGGUCCCUGUCCCGACCCACAUCUUGGAGUCCCUGAUCAAGGACAGGUCACCUGUCCUACAAUACGGCGCAUACCUUGAAAAACACCGAGUAGUAACCGUCCAAGAAGAACAGCAUGAAAACUGUGCCUGGUGCGCAGUUUGUUUGGGUAGGAUCUCCGAGAGCGAUGAGAUCAGGGAGUUGUGCAACUGCUCUCACGUGUUCCACAGAGACUGCUUGGACAGCUGGGUGGACGAGAAGAAAGUGACUUGCCCUCUGUGCAGGGCUGAUCUAUUUCCUGCAGUUUGGAACCGAAAGAGCUUCAGGGGAGAUCCAUGGAAGACGGAGAUGAAGACGACUCUGUAAUUUUGCCGUGUUCAACGUUGGACGGUGCAAUAUCAAGAAAUUGAAACGAAGCUAUGUUAUGUGACAACUGGGUUCAUUCUAUUUUCAUUGGCUUCUGUGAAAUCUGUCCACAGUGUUGACGUUGAGUGGAAUCAUAAAUUUUUUGCUCUUA